GCGUGACCUACAGUCUGAGCAGGACCUCAAAUGCAGCACAACACCGUCCAGCAGCCAAUCAGGAGGACAAGACACAGGCGGGUUGAAAUGCUACCGGAGGCUAGAUUUGGUGAAGAACAAAAUGAGCAAUCAACAGGACCUGCUCGUUCAAGACAUGUUGGAGAGACUUCAUACACGUGUGCUCCAUGUUGUCAGUCAGCAACCUCUAGACCUAGAUUACCUACAGUUUGUUUGCUCUCAGGAGGUUGUUCUUUUUAGUGCUCUAGCUAACCAGGUCCUCAUUCCAAAAGCUAUAGGAGAUGCACUCACAGAGUUACACAAGUUGGUUGUUGAAGAAAAACAAAAUCAUGUCCCCACAGUAAUUGUUGGAGUCAGACAUGGAGUGACUGGACGUCCAAGAUUUGACAUAUCGCAAGAUUCACUUGUACAUUUUCUCAAACAAGGUCUUCAAGUUCCAUGUAUAGCAAAAUUAAUGGGAGUGUCUACUCGUACCAUUUACAGGAGAAUGGCAGAAUCUCACUGCUCCAUCAGAGCCCUCUAUAGUACCUGUUCAGACUCAGAGUUAGACCACUUAGUAACUGAAAUAAAAAAAGACAUGCCACAUGCUGGGUACCGCCUGGUAAAGGGAAGCUUGCAGGCCAGAGGCUUCAGAGUGCAAUGGGAGAGGGUGAGGGCCUCCAUGCACCGUGUGGACACCAUGGGUAUCCUUUACCGCAUGAACCAGCUUGGGUGUGUUGUGCGGCGCACCUAUUCAGUUCCUGGUCCCAAGUCCCUAAUGCACAUAGACACCAACCACAAGCUUAUUCGAUACAACCUUGUCAUCUUUGGGGGAAUUGAUGGCUUUUCAAGAUCAUGUACCUGGGUGCAGCGAACAACAACCUGUCAGCAACAGCUCUGCACUUCUUCCAGCAAUCAGUGAACAGAUUUGGAUUUCCAUUAAGGGUGAGAGCGGAUCAGGGUGUUGAAAAUGUGGAAGUUGCAAGGCUGAUGUUCUCUGUCAGGGGAACAGGGAGGUCCAGCUUCAUUGCUGGGAAGAGCGUUCACAAUCAAAGAAUUGAACGACUCUGGAGAGACCUGUGGUGUGCUGUAACUAACACUUACUACAGUGUGCUACACUCACUUGAGGACGAGGGUUUGCUUGACCUGUCGAGCACUGCACACCUUUUCAGUUGUCAUUAUGUAUUUGUGCCCAGACUACAAGCAAGUCUGGAUACCUUCUGCAGUGGUUGGGAUAACCACCCAAUACGCACUGAGAUGAACCUGACACCCAACCAGCUGUGGGAGAUGGGAAACAUUCAGCAUCCUGUGGCAGAACCGGAAAGCGGGGAGGGAUUAUACCUACCACAUCUGGACUGGGAGGACAGUGGUCUACUUGAUGAUCAACACCAUGGCGUCACUGUUCCUGAGACAGAUGACAUAUUGAGCACUGAACAAAUGGCAGCACUCAGGACAGCCAUUGAUCCGCUGGGAGAAUCCCAGUUACAAGGCUCAGAUAUCUAUCUAGCUACUAUUCAGUAUGUCCAGCAAUUGCUGGGGGUAAACUAAAAGUAAAAACAGACAUGUUUGGGCUGACAAUACAUUCAAUUUUUUUUUACUUUGUAUUGUAAAUACACUGUAAAUCAAUAUUUCCAGAUUUUUCUCAUAUUUCAAUCAUUUGAAAACAAAUAAAAUAAAGAUGCUCUGAUCCAGAA